UUGGUUUCUAUAUUUAGAUGCACCAGUUCUCAUAAUUAAUAGAGGAAGAGGGCCUGCUCUGUUUGGUGUAUAGUGAACUAGAAAACCAAAUCAAGAACACGAUUCUUUAGUAUGUCGACCGACAACACCAACUCUAAUGAUUCUUCCACAGCCAGCCAAAGAUUAUUAGGAAGAGUGGCUCUGGUCACAGGCGGCGCCAGAGGCAUUGGAGAGAGUAUAGUACGAUUGUUACACAAACAUGGCGCAAAAGUAUGCAUUGUUGAUGUGCUAGACAUCCUUGGACAACAAGUCUGUGAGUCCCUUGGCGGUGACCCAAACGCAAGUUUUUUUCAUGGUAAUGUCACAAUAGAGGAUGACAUUAGCGCUGCUGUUGCUUUCACAGUUGGUAAGUUUGGUACUCUGGAUAUUAUGGUCAAUAAUGCCGCGGUACUUGAACCCCUAACUCCAGAUAUCCGAGAUUUCGACAUCUCAACGUUUGUGAAGACAAUAGAUGUAAAUCUGAAGGGUGUUUUUAUUGGGAUGAAGCAUGCAGCACGGAUUAUGAUCCCACUUAAAAAGGGCACAAUCAUUUCUAUUAGUAGUAUUGCAAGUGUUAUUGGAGGUGGAGGUCCACAUGCAUAUACAGCAGCUAAACAUGGUGUAGCAGGGCUCACCAAGAAUGUAGCAGCUGAGCUGGGAAAAUAUGGAAUCCGUGUGAACUGCAUUUCUCCCUUCGGAGUUCCAACGGCCAUGGUAACGUCUGCCUUCUCUGAGGAAAAGCUAACUGAGGAUCCGUUAGCAGGCAUUCGAUCUAUGAUUAGCAACGCUGCUAAUUUGAAAGGUGUGGAACUAACCACUGAUGAUUUGGCUAAUGCAGUGCUUUUCUUAGCGAGCGAUGAAGCAAGAUACAUUAGCGGGACUAAUCUCCCAGUCGACGGGGGUUUUACCAGUGUAAAUCACUCUUUUGGAUUCUUCAGUUGAUGGAUUUACUUGUGUUUCAAAUGUUGGGUGUCACUGCUGCUUAUUAUGCAAUAAUAAUAUAUGCUUUCAUUGCUGUA